CCCGAACGGACGGAUUGCACCCCUCCCGGCACGAAGUUUAGAUCUAGCCCCAACGCAAGGCCUACAUUUUCGCACCCCAGCGCCGAACCCAUCGACGAGCCCAUCGACGAUUUUGGCGAUUUCGAACGGCCCGGAUCGGUAGGAGACACGAUCGCCCCAGCGCCAACAUUUCGGUAGCAGACGUCUUACCCACAGCGCCCGUGAACCCCCAGAAGAAAACCGAAGCCAUGCCUUUCUUCACCAACCCCUUCCAGAGGGACAACUACCGCACCUUUCCAGGUGUGGUGAUACCGCUGUCCCAGGGUCAUCGCCCCGAUCUGGCUCCUGCAGAAAAGGAUGUCAACCCGGCCAAGGACGAUGAUAAGCUGGCCAAGGUUGGGUCGGAGGAGAAUGGUGCCGCAUCACUCCCCGAGACUAGCACAUUGACCAUCGAGGCUCUCCGAGCAGAGGUGGAAAAUGAUGUCGCGGCGUCCGGCCAUGACAGUGCCUAUGAUCGAAAGUCCAAAGUGAUCAACAGGGCCAUCCAAGACAUUGGAAUGGGCCGAUAUCAAUGGGAGCUCUUCGCUCUGUGCGGUUUCGGUUGGCUGGCAGACAAUAAUGGACGUCGUUGGAACUAUCUUACUGAUCACGUGCAGGGUGUUGCCCUAACUCUUACCCAGCUGUCCGUCGAGUUCGGCGUCUCUGAGUCGCACGUGCGCUUUACCACAUGUGCCCUCUUUCUGGGUCUUUGUAUCGGAGCGUCUUUCUGGGGUAUCAUGUCCGAUGUGGUGGGACGACGCCUAGCCUUCAAUAUGACCCUGUUCAUGUGCGGCGUUUUUGGUAUCGCAGUGGGUGGAAGUCCUACGUGGAUAGGAGCCUGCGCCAUGUUCGCUUGUAUGGGACUGGGUGUCGGUGGUAACUUGCCAGUCGACGGAGCACUGUUCCUGGAAUUCCUGCCUUUUGCUUCGGGGAAUCUCUUGACUAUGCUUAGCGUCUGGUGGCCGAUCGGUCAGUUGAUAUCAAGUCUCUUGGCUUGGGCUUUUAUCCCCAAUUACUCCUGCUCAACCGACUUGCCGUCAUGCCACACGACCUCCGGUGUCCCUUGCUGCAGAAAGGAGGACAACAUGGGUUGGAGAUACCUGACCUAUACCCUUGGUUCACUGACCUUCUUUAUGUUCGUAUGCCGCUUCUUCUUCUUCCACCUCUUCGAGUCACCCAAGUUCCUUCUCUCUCGUGGCCGCCAGGAAGAAGCGGUUUCUGCGGUUCACGGCAUUGCCUACAAGAACAAGACCAAGACGUGGCUCACGAACGAGAUCCUCAAUGAGAUUGGCGGUCACCCAGACGAAGCGUCCAAUCAGGUCCUGUCAUACGCAGAGAUCAUUAAAAGAACCCUGUCUAAGUUCUCCGGAGAACGCAUUGGUCCCCUCUUCGCGACCAAGAGACUCGGGUUCACCACCGUUCUGUUGUGGUUCUGCUGGGCGACUAUCGGCAUGGGAUAUCCUCUCUUCAACGCAUUCCUGCCCCAGUACCUCAGCAACUCCGGUGGCAGCGGUGCUCCUACGCCAACAAACAUCGUUUACCGCAACUAUGCUAUCACGUCCAUUGUUGGCGUCCCCGGCUCCAUCCUAGGUUGCUAUACCGUCGACAUCAAGUACAUUGGACGCAAGGGAACGAUGGCGAUCUCAACCGUGAUUACAGGUGUCAUCCUCUUCUGUUUUACGAUCUCUACAGACUCCAACUCCCAGCUGGUCUGCUCUUCUCUGGAAGCGUUCUUCCAGAACAUCAUGUAUGGCGUGUUGUACGCCUACACUCCGGAAGUCUUCCCCGCCCCUAACCGCGGCACGGGAACAGGUAUCGCCAGUUUCUUCAACCGUCUGUGCGGUCUGUUUGCCCCCAUUGUCGCGAUCUAUGGCUCCAACGCGAACCCGAACUCUCCCAUAUAUGCAAGUGGCGGUCUUAUCCUUGCUGCGUUCGUGGCCAUGUGUCUGCUGCCUAUCGAAACGCGGGGCAAGCAAUCUCUGUAG